AUGAUCCAGGAUAAAUCUGAAGCAUUGAGUUCUUUCGUAGAAGUCAUAGACGGUUUCCUUGGAAACAACGAGUCUCCAAACUAUAAAGAAAUUGUAGCCAACAUGGUCGAAAAUUAUAAAAAACUGGGAUGCAAUUUGAGCGUCAAACUUUAUUUUCUGGAUUUUUUUGGACUAUUUUCCGAAAAUCUUAGAGCUGUCAGCGAAAAUCAGGAAGAGAGGUUCCAUCAAGAUAUAAAGGCGAUGGAGAGACGUUAG